AAGGAUCCCAUCUUUCUCUCUCUCCCUCUCUCCCACAGCACAUGCGCGUCGCCCGCCGACACCCGCACCCACAGCAGCCAGAGCAGCAGCGGCAGCAAUGGAGCAUCGGGGCCUGCUUCUCGUCCUCGCCGCCGCGCUGUGCCUCGCGGGCGCCGCCGACGCCAGGCACGCCAAGAAGUCGUACCAGGCCGUCUUCAGCUUCGGGGACUCGCUCUCCGACGCCGGCAACCUCAUCGUCGACGGCAUCCCCAAGGCCCUCACCACCGCGCGCGCGCCCUACGGCAUGACCUUCUUCGGCCGCCCCACCGGCCGCUGCUCCAACGGCCGCGUCGUCGUCGACUUCCUCGCCGAGCAUUUCGGGCUGCCGCUGCCGCCGGCGUCGCAGGCGCAUGGCAAGGACUUCAAGAAGGGGGCCAACUUCGCCAUCACCGGCGCCACGGCGCUGGAGUACUCCUUCUUCAAGGCGCAUGGCAUCGACCAGCGCAUUUGGAACACCGGCUCCAUCAACACCCAGAUCGGCUGGCUCCAGAAGAUGAAGCCGUCGCUUUGCAAGUCGGAGAAAGAGUGCAAGGACUACUUCAGCAAGUCCCUGUUUGUGGUGGGAGAGUUUGGGGGGAACGACUACAACGCUCCUCUCUUCUCCGGCGUCGCCUUCUCCGAUGUGAAGACCUACGUGCCGCUGGUCGCCAAAGCCAUCGCCAACGGCGUCGAGAAAUUGAUCGAGCUUGGCGCGACAGACCUGUUGGUGCCUGGAAUUCUUCCGAUCGGGUGCUUCCCAUUGUACCUGACUCUCUACAACAGCAGCAAGAAGUCGGACUACAACGCGCGCACCGGGUGCCUCCGGAGAUACAACCGCCUGGCCUUCCACCACAACAGAGAGCUCAAGCAGCAGCUUGACCAGCUUCAGAAGAAGUACCCAAAGACGAAAAUCAUGUACGGCGAUUACUUCAAAGCUGCAAUGCAGUUUGUCGUCAGCCCCGGGAAAUUCGGUUUCAGCACGGCAUUGCAGGCAUGCUGCGGCGCCGGAGGGUCGGGCGCCUACAACUUCAACCUGAAGAAGAAGUGCGGCGAGGCGGGCGCGAGCGUGUGCUCCAACCCGUCGGCGUACGUGAGCUGGGACGGCAUCCACAUGACCGAGGCCGCCUACCGCAUGGUCGCCAACGGCUGGCUGAAUGGCCCCUAUGCCUCUCCCCCGAUCAUGAAGUGAAAAUCCAGAUGGUUAGCCCUGUAUGUACGUAACGUUGCUGCUGCUGCUGCUGCUGAUGAUGAUGAUGGAGGGGAUCGACGGAUAUGCAGAGCGCUUCAGGCGCUGGAGAUGUUAAGUUAUGAUGAUGGGUAAAAUCGCUCAGUCUGUUCGUUGAGAGUUUGUAUAAACCGUGCCGGUAUAGAUAUGUUUUUCCAGCUGAAAAGCUCUAGUAGUACACAUGUACGUACCUUGUAUGACAUGCUACCUGAUUCUUAUUCAUUUACCAAGACUUGCAUAAGAAUAAAUUAUUAAAUAUUAUGGAA